CUGGGCGUCAGACAUUUACAAGCCUGCGGGGAAAGAGGAAGUUGCUUCAGGGAGUUUAGACACUUGGGAGUUUUUCUCCUCUCAGCAGAGGCAGUGAGGAACCUUUAUAAAUAGCCGUCCAGAACGUAGAGGCACCCCAUGGACAUCAGGCAUAAUCUCUGGAUCCAAACGCUCCUCUUUCCCCGAGGUAGCAUAUUGGCCUGCUAGGUCCUGACCUUUCCACCAGAGGGCAGCAUAGCCAAAAACCACUUCCUCCCAAGAUGGCGGAUCUUGCCAGCAACUUCUCCUGCUACGACCCGUCCAUUGUUGGCUACCGCUACGUGGCAGUGAGUUGGGGCAUUGUGGUGGCCAUCGUGGGCACAGUGGGCAACGUGCUGACCCUGCUGGCCUACGCGGCUGAGGCCAAGCUGCAGACACGUUUCAACCUUCUCAUUGUCAACCUGACUGUGGCAGACAUUCUGUACUGCACCUUCCUGCAGCCCUUCUCGGUUGACUCCUACCUCCAUCUCCACUGGCGGGCAGGGGCCGACUUCUGCCGUGUCUUUGGGAUGUUGCUCUUUGUCUCCAACUCCGUCUCCAUCUUGACGCUCUGCCUCAUCGCCAUCAGCCGCUACCUGAUCAUUGCCAACACCGCCCUCUUUGACCGCAUCUUCUCCCGCCUCGGGACGAUGCUCAUCAUCCUGGGCACCUGGGUUGCCGGCCUGGCCAGUUUCGCGCCGCUGUGGCCCGUCUAUGUCUUAGUGCCCAAGGUGUGCACCUGCAGCUUCCACCGCCUCCGCGGACGGCCCUACACCACCAUCCUCAUGGGAUUCUACUUUGUGGUGGGUCUCAGCUGCGUCGGGAUCUUCUACUUCCUCAUCCACCGCAAAGUCAAGAGUGCCGCCCGUGCCAUGGACCAAUACAAGCUGAAGAAGACCAGCUUGAAGAAGGGCCACGUGGCUGGUGACAGUUCAGCCACACCGGGACGAUACCAAGAGCUUGACAGCGGAGUGGACAGUGCAGGUCCUUCCCAGCACUCCUGUGAGGGUCAGUCUUCUGAGUCGACUGCCAGUACCAAUCUCCCAUCAGCUUCCCAAAAUGGCGAAACACCUCCUAAGAAAGCUACCCCGUGCCAGGCCAAGGACAGCAACUCAGAAUUCCGCCGGGUGACCCGCAUGUGCUUUGUGGUCUUCCUUUUCUUUGUCAUCUGCUACAUCCCCUUCCUGCUAAUCAACAUCUUUGAUGCCAAGAACCGGGCUCCAACCGUCUUGCACAUGAUCGCCGCCAAUCUCACUUGGCUCAACAGCUGCAUCAACCCAGUGCUUUAUGCUGCUAUGAACCGCCAGUUCCGCGAGGCUUACAGAGACGUGGUCUACAACUUUGCAAAGAGGUUCCGCUGCUGCCGCUAACUGGAAGCCAGGGCCACUCUCCAGCGCCGGAGGAGGGAUACGGUCUUCCCACCAACCCUGGUUUGCCCUCAGGGCUGAAAUAUCGCCAGAAAGCAAAAAAGCUAACUGGGUUUUCCAGACUGGACUAGAUUCCCAGUUCUUUAAUCCAGGCCUUCACAUGAUGCGGGCCCUGUUCUUUUGCUACGGUAUAUUAUUGUAAAUUGUAUUCCAUAUUCUGUUGUGGCCCCUAUGGCCAAUAGGGAAAUCAGACUGAACUGGUAUAAUGGGCCCUGCCUUUGACAUAUUGUUGAAGCUGGCGGCGAGGCCUCCCUUCUGGAUUACAGAAAAACUGUUUGGACUUGCCAAGCUUCGGAUACGAAAGCAAAUGUUGUACCUCCACAAAGUCUCUCCUCCCUGGACAAUCAUCCAGUUUUAAUAGGAGCUAAGAGGCUGCAGUGCCUGGUCUGCACUUUGCUGCUGAUGGGUUGCAUCCAAGGCCAGUAUGGUGUAGUGGUUAAGAGCGGUAGUCUCGUUAUCUGGGGAACCGGCUUUGCGUCUCCGCUC